AUGAAAAAAAUGAUGAAUACAAUUAUCUUUGUUUUGUGCUUGGUGAUCAGUGGUGCUAACUCUGCACUUCAUGGUGUUCAAAUCUUACCGGAAGAAGAUUUGGAACUGGAAAGGCAACUGAAGAUCAUUAACAAGCCUCCUAUCAAAGUUAUUCAUACAGAGUACGGAUACAUUGUUGAUUGCAUUGAUAUUAAAAAACAACCAGCUUUUGACCAUCCUUUACUGAAGAAUCAUACCUUGCAGAGAAAACCUAGUUUUCUCGUACCAACCGAAGAAAGACAUGACAGCCCCAUUUUUGGACUUGAUAAAGAGGAGUGUCCGAUGGGAACGGUUCCUAUCAGGAGAACAACAAAAGAAGAUCUUAUACGAGAAAAAUCAUUAAACUAUAGUAUUAAGAUUGAAGGUCUUCCUGGUGUUCACGUUGCAGAACUAAGUCUUUCAUCACAAUUUAGUCCUUACUACGGAGUUCAUGGAUGGAAUAGCGUUUAUAAUCCCAAAGUUGCUUGGAAUCAAGACUCCUUUUCUCAUAUAUGGGUUCAAAAUGGAUAUGGAAGUGCAUCUAACCUAAUCAGUCUUGGAUGGCAUGUGACUCCGCAUUUCUAUGGCGACUAUGCAACCCAUCUGUACGCAGCAUGGACAGUGGAGGUGAGAGGGACUGAUAUUGGAUAUUUUCCAGCAGCAUUAUUCUCCAAUUUGAGUUCAGCAGAUAUAGUGGGAUGGGGUGGGAGAACAUUUUCUCCUCCAGGCUCUCCUAGUCCUCCAAUGGGAUCUGGAUAUUUUCCUGAUAGGAACUUUCUUCAUGCAAGUUUUUUUAAGAUGAUUUCUUACCAAAAUGAAUCAACAAUAAGUCAUGGACCUGAAAAAUAUCAAUUACAAUACUUCAUUGACAAGCCUUCAUGUUUUGAUCUGAGCUAUUAUGGUAAUCUGGGAGGAUAUGAUGGAUAUUCUCUCCAAUUUGGAGGACCAGGAGGUGGUCAAUGUGGCGUUUGA